UUUGCUUCGAUCGCACUGGGGCAAGAUGAAAAUCAUGUAUAUCGUUACGCGAUACCUCCCCUUUAUCAUUCUCGCCAUUGAUCUAUAUAUGAGCUUUGCCCCAAAUGAGAAUCCAGCUAAAUGCCGGGUGUUGCAAAAUAUUAAUCCAGGUCUUGACCUAGUCUUGGUUAUUUUCUCCGAAUGCUUUUUUAUUCUCAGAACAUAUGCGCUCUGGAACAGAAAUAGAUUCUUGCUUGUAGCCAUGGUGCUGACCUUGUCUCUAGUGGUAGAUGUAUCAGCUAGGCUGUUCUUGGAGCUUCCACUGGCAUUACCUUCUCCACUACCAUCUCUGCAGCACAUGCGACUAGCGCAAUCCCGGGAAUCACAGGGUGCUACCGGAGUUCGAGCAAUUACUGGCUCUUUAUACCAUUUCUUCUCCUUUCUGUAUUCGAACUGGGUGGGACUCAUGAUCCUCACGCUCAUACCUGCCAUACAGAGCUGGCGGACAAAUUCAAAUGGUCUGUACGCUGUCCUGGUGAAUCAUAACAUAUCCUAUUAUGCAUGUGGUCUUCUGUUCUCGGCAGCGAACAUCUUCACAUCGCUGCUCCUCGAUUACUCCUACCACAGCGUGUUCUAUGAUUUUGAGUUCAUGAUCCUUGCAAUCCUCGCCACGCGCAUGCACCUCCAUCUCUGGAAGACGAACCGACAUCCACACGACUCUACUAGUGCCCUCGUGCAUGUUCCAAUGUCCGACAUGUCAUUUGCAAAUCACUCGGUGUGA